AUGGGCGGCGUGUCGCUAGAGUACUCGACCGCGGGAGGCAAGUUCCUCGUCGGCACAGAGCAGGGCAAGGUGGUCGCGUGCAACCGCAAGGCUAAGAACCCGAGCGAUCGCGUGGGCACCAUCUACGAGGGUCAUUGCGGGCCGGCGCGCAACCCUUUCUUCCCCAAGUACUUUAUGACGGUGGGCGUCUUCGCCACCACAAAGAUGGACGGCACGCUCGACGUGUGGGACUACUUUUACAAGCAAAACGAGCCGGCGCUCUCGCUGCAGGCGAAGGGCUGCAUUAUUCUUUGA